ACUUUGGGCAGAAAAGAACAUGUGAUUCUCAAAAUAAAAUAUCUUUUUCCCUCUGACACCAAAACAAAACUAGUACAUAUUUUAUUUCCUCUGCAAACCUCUCACGUUUCCUGAGCCCUUGUUAAUGAGUGAAUCUCUGGGUUGACAAUAACUCUAGUAGUUGAAGGGAUUUGGCUGUGGUAGUAAUGGAAGCCCUGAUAAUUUUCAUUCUAAGUUGCCUGUGUGUGCUUUUCAUUCUACAUCUCAUAAAGUUCUUCAUCAAAGUAUGGUGGGAUCCAAUUCGAAUACAAUCUGCGAUGAGGUCACAAGGCAUGAAAGGUCCUCCUUACAGGUUCCUACAUGGAAACACCAAAGAGAUUUACAAUAUGAGAAAUGAAAUCAUGAGCAGUCCAAUGGAACUAUCACACCAGAUGCUUGCUAGAAUUCAACCUCAUGUUUAUUCAUGGAUCAAGCUAUAUGGGAUGAACUUUCUUAAUUGGUAUGGUCCCCAAGCUCAAUUAGUAAUCACUGAACCUAAGCUGAUCAAAGAGGUAUUGAGCAAUAAAGAUGGAGCAUACCCUAAAUUAGUGAUCCAGAAUUAUGCAGAGAAGCUCUUAGGGGAUGGGCUUGUAUUGUCCCAAGGUAAAAAAUGGCUUAAGAUGCGUAAACUAGCGAUCCACGCGUUUCAUGCAGAGAGCUUGAAAGGGACGAUUCCAGCAAUGAUCGUGAGUGUAGAGACAAUGCUUGACAGAUGGAGACGGGAGGGAAUAAAGGAAAUUGAGGUCUUCCAAGAAUUCAAGGUCUUAACAUCAGAGAUUAUUUCCAGGGCUGCUUUCAGAAGCAGUUAUCUGGAAGGGAAAAACAUCUUUGAUAUGCUGACCAGAAUGGCUCUCAUAGUUGGCAGAAACAACUAUAAAGUUGGAAUUUCUGGGAUUAAAAGAUUUUUCAAGACAAGGGAUGAUAUUGAAUCAGAGAAACUUGAUCGAGGGAUACGGGACUCUAUGUUAAAGGUUAUAAAGAGAAGAGAAGAGGUGAUGAUGGGUACUGAACCAGAUGGUUAUGGAAGUGAUUUUCUUGGUCUACUUCUAAAGGCUUAUCAUGAAAAUGAUAAGACCAAGAAAAUAUCAAUAGAUGAUCUGAUCGAUGAGUGCAAGACUUUUUAUGUUGCUGGACAUGAAACAACCACAAGCUCACUUACCUGGACGCUUCUCUUUCUAGCAAUUCAUACAGAUUGGCAAAACAGAGCAAGGGAGGAGGUGCUUCAAAUAUUUGGCCAGCAAAAUCCAUGUCCUGAUAGUAUUGGAAGACUGAAAACUAUGACCAUGAUUGUUAAUGAGUCUUUAAGGCUAUAUCCUCCAGUUUUCAAUCUCACGAGAGAAGUCCAAAGGGAAGUCAAACUGGGGAAGCUAAUUGUUCCGGCAAAGAUGACUCUGAGUUUGUCAGUACUUGCACUUCACAAUAAUCCACAAAUAUGGGGGGAAGAUGCUCACCUUUUCAAACCAGAAAGAUUUGCAGGCGGGGUGGCCGAAGCUACCAAGAAUAAUGCCACUGCUUUUCUUCCAUUCGGCUUGGGACCUCGAAGUUGUGUGGGCUUGAACUUUGCACUUUCAGAAAUUAAGAUUGCACUCUCUAUGAUUCUACAGCAUUACAGGUUCACUUUGUCACCCACCUAUGUCCACUCGCCAGAGCACAUUCUAACAAUAAGCCCACGAUAUGGACUUCAAAUCCUAUUCGAGGCACUGUAAAAUAGGGGCUUGCUUGAGAUAUGCUAGAUUACACUUGGACUGCAAAAUGCAGAUAGUAUUGAUGAAAACAAAGACUUUGAAAUAAAUCUGAUGCAGGAAGUUAUGGAAAUAUAAUUCAUUUAUUAGACAUAAA